AUGGCCUCGAAAGCACAACCUUACCCGUCGCCAUCGAACGUCUCUUUUGUGCUACUGGCGGAAUUCGAUAUCCACAAAGGCUCAAUAAUUCGGCAUCAAUAUCCGUACCCUACUGGUACUAAUGAAACAUAUUUGGCGGAGCUGAUGAUCCCUGAUGGCGCUCAUGCGUACGUUCAGGAUUGGACUGUGUUUUUUCUUAAUCAGACGCCUGGAAACACAAUCGAUCCACCCAUCUCAGACGACCACACACUGUCCGCUCAUGAAAGUGGAAAUAAUGCGCCAACCGAUGUCCAGAAUAAUCUAUUAUACGUUCUCAAUCUCGUUCAAACAGUAAAAGACCCGGCCGCGCCGCGAGGAGGCUGGGUGAAAGCUCUUGCUAUUGUAACUCGACACUACACCAUCCAAAUCUUUCAGCAUGUGUUAGUGCUAGCCCUACAGAAGUACUUUCAAAACCCUUCCAUCGAAGUCUUGGCAGAUUUAUAUGAUGCUAUCGAAGCAAUGGACCUUGGCAUGAUGCCCGCACUUUCGCGGAAUGAGAAACUUAUCUUACGCGCAUCUGACCGGCAAGACACCUUCCUGGAGAAGUUUCAUUCCCCGCGGAAAUAUUCCCAGGAGUCAGACGGCAAAAUAGCACCUGACACUUUUUACAUUCCAGAGGAUGACGAUAUGCCAUCUGCAAAGGGGGCAUCUGGUGUCAAUGAGGCCCCGGGCCUUUAUUCAGACUCAGCUGUCCGUGUACCUAGCCCUGCGCCGAGUGCUAGCUCUUCCUCUUCUGGUUCUAGUUCGCUGCUGGACAACGAGCCUUGGACUCGUAGGGAUGAAGGAGAUGAUACGGAGGUGCCUCUCUCCCAGAAACCAUCAGAACUUGAAGAAGAGGAUGCAACAGUCUCGCAGCCGCCAGCGGAAGAUCAAAGAACGUUCUUGAACGAAGAUCCAUCCACGAGUCUACCAUUUGACCAGAGGUCUCGAUCCUCUAAGGCUACAAGGAGUACUCGCCAUCGGAGAAAUGGUUCAUGGGGUGCAGCGGCCACCACUGCGUCGUCCGAAUCGGACCAUCGCUCUCCGCCCAAGAAUCUCGAUACCCACUUCUAUCCAGCCCUUUUAUCCCUUGACGGCAUAGAUCUCCCUCUGAAGAUACCUAUUUUUACAUUCCCUGGCGAAGUUGGCACGACGUUAUGUAAAAUAUUAUCUUCACCCACAGCCUCAAUUUCUGGACCGUUGCACCCUCACCUUCAUUCUAAUGGCGCGCUCACGCAUCCCAUAAUACUUCUUUUUAAUGCAUUGAUAACUCACAAACGAGUUAUCUUUCUCGGUCAUGGAAAACCUGCGUCGGAUGUUGCAGCACACGUCCUUUCUGCCUGCGCGCUAGCUUCAGGAUCAGGAUGUGUACUUAGGGGGUUUAUUCAGCGUGCAUUUCCAUAUAUCAACCUGACAAAUGAGCAAGUGAUGACUUCAGUACCGGGUUUUAUCGCGGGCGUGACAAACCCCGUAUUCGAGUCAAUGAACUGCUGGGAUGUAUUUUGUAAUCUUGAAACUGGGAAAAUUACAGUCUAUAAGGACAUCAAGCUCCCCGUAACAGCAGCUAAUUUAGCCCCACAACCACCCUCGACCGUCCCCAGGUCUGGCAGUGCGUCGGGAGACGAAUUAAUCAAUGGCAUAGCAAAAGGCGACUUUACUGCCAGACCCGACAGCUUUGAUAACCAGUUCAUUGAAGAGAUUUUAGCAUCAAUAUUAGAGCACUAUGGGGAACAAAUGAUUCGCCUCAAAUUUGCCGACUAUGUCGGCCGGUUCGUACGCCUCGCUGCCCGUUACGAGGAAGAAAUUCACGGAUCUACCAAAAUUGGAUUUCCGACAAUAUCUUGCUCGGAGGGUCAGCUGGGCAGCGGAUUUUCACUGGACGACAUGAAGGAACUCACUGCUAACGCCGGCCGAAUUGAGGGUUGGAGAAGAACUCCCUGCUACGAAUAUUAUAAAACAGAUUUUAAGCAAUCCCUGGACACAAGGGCGAUAAAAGCAUUUGACGUUGGACACCAGAUUUCCAGGCUAAGAACUGCGAAGACGUUAUCGGACACCGAGGGUCAACUAAUCUUGCGUGCUCUUGCUACACAUGUACGGACGUACGAGCAAGCUACGGAGCUGUUAUCUUGGACUCCUGCACAGAAUGGCGGCUUAAUGCCGCUUGCCUUGGGCUUAUUCCAUCCUCAGGAGACAAUUCGAGACCUGACGGUUGACCUGUUGAAUAAUUUGAGCGCUUACCCGAUUGGAAUCCACUUUCUUCAAAGCUUGAAUCAUUUUCAUCGUAUGGCAUACGCCCGCUUGGCCGCUGCGCGGGAACCGUUACUACAACCAAGCGCUUACCCGUCCCCUCCGACCUCCAUUAAUGGUUCGAAUUUACUCGUUCCCCAGGGCUCCAUCAGUCGCUCGUCUUCUAAUUUGAGCUCGGCAUCGCUUGGAGCGGCCGCCAUCUGAUUCCGUGACACUAAUAACGCUGGUCGAGCAGCUUUUAGUAUAACUUAUCCGCUCUUUGCAUUUCAUCACACUCCAAUGCUUCACCGUUGUACCGAUUAUAAUACUUUACUACUAGACAAACAUUACGCGAAAGCUACCUGCUAUCAAAUCUAUCAAAAACCUUCAUCGCGGCGUAGGCAAUCCCGUGGCUUGU